CCUGGACACCGACAGACGCAGAUCCGUUAAAUUUCUCGCUCGGUAUUCGUAAGAAAACCUCGGAAGGCUUAACAACAUGGCGGCGCAAUUGUCAAUAUCGUGUAGAACUGUGUAUCAAAAAUCUCUCUUAUUUGGUGAGGACUGUAUUCUGAGAUAGUGUCAGUUGAUUUUUGUCAGUGUAGACUCUGUUGUGAGGGAGAUUUAGUCGACAACAGGUGCCCGUCUGGUGAAACAUAUUGGAAAGAAUUGGUCAAUGGCCUAAUUCUCUCACAAUGUGAUUGUGUUUGGGUAUUUUUUUUCUUCUCCCUAUGUGAUUUGGAAAAUUAAGUGAAGGAUUUAUUUCUGAAAUUGGAUGUACAUACAUCAGCAAGAUUUAUCAGGAAAGGAGUACACAUGGUAAAGUUUGUAUAUGAUGUCCCGAAAAGAGGACCUCACAUCGGGCCGCAGACCGCUGGUCAUCAGCGGCCCGAAUCGACAGAUGCUGCACGAUCUGAGAGAAAGUCUCAGUCACAUUCGCGGCUCUCAGUCUGACCAAUCAGAUCCACUUCCCAAUCGCCCAGAAUUAUCCCAGAGCACACCAAACUUGGUAGAAAGCAAGUCCAGUUUCUCGCGAGAUGGGUAUAACAGGAAAGCUCUGGCUCAGAUUCGCAGUAAACUGCGACCAUUUCAGACGGACAGGAACGACGAUGGGAUGUCUAACAGUACGGGGGCAUUGUCCCAGGCCAGCGAGGAGGGGGAGACUAAAGGGGCAAGCCUAGAGGACCCGGCUCAGGACUUGUCAAACCGCCUUUCUAAACUGAAUGACAUAAAGGGAAAGAAUGGAGUGAAAACAACAAUUGCAAACCCUUAUUCAAAACCAGUCAAGAGAAAACCAAGCUUCGAGUCUAAGUAUGGAAAGGCUCCCUCCGAUUCGGACCAGCGUUCAGACACCGCUUCACCACUGACGUCCGCCUCAAGCCGGGUACCACCUGUGUAUGAAGUCAAUCCUGCCUCACGGCAGGGAACCCCCAUAUCGGCCCCCAGUGUCACUGUUAAUGGGGAUCAGACUCCCCCUCCUGUACCCCCAAGGGCCCCCAUUAUCACAUCCUCGACGGAGACACUCGUCGUGGAAACCACCAUGACUGGAAAUCUUCCUGCCACAGCCAGACUUCAGGCACCACCUAUGAUGGUCCAGCCAGCUGGGGGUCAGGUGUUAAAGACGAACCCCACUAACCCCCAGCAGUAUAUUGCCUUCAGUACAGUUCAAGUGGCUCAGUCCACCCCACCGCCCCCUCCUCAAUCCCAGAAUCCAUCAACGCCGUCGUCAUCAGGAAGUGGUCCCGUGACGCCGCAGAGAGGAAUGAGUCCCGUGGGCCGGCAGCCGGUCAUCAUCCAGAACGCCAAGAGCCACCCAGUGCAUUAUCCUUCUAAUGUGAUCAAUAGUGCUAAUGGACAGAAUAUCACAAUAAAAUGUCCGCCACCUUACAGCCAAAGUCGGGCCAGCACACCCGCCACUGUGAAAAUAUCUGGAAACAAUUUAAAUAGUGUUCAAAUUAAGUUACCUAAACCACAGAGUAUAGGGACCUCACAACCCCAACCAAUGCACACAUGGGGGGCAAAACAGCCUCAGAUUGUGAUGCAGUCAGUGGAAAGUGUGGCGGUAUCAAAACCAAUGUUACAAAUGGCCACCGGUCCAGGCCAGUCACCACAGAACCCCCAGACAUCGACCGGAAGUUACAUAUCGUCUUACCAGGCUCAAAUCAAUCCAUCAAACAAUGGGAUUCCUUCAGCUACACACCUACAGGGCUCCAACAACAUACAGAUCCAAAUCACACGUCAGUCUCCACAGAUGUUGACGCCCGAGCAGUACGCUGCACAUCUACAGAGCCAGGGUCAAAAGCGGGGCAUACAGACACGCAUCAGUGCCCCCCACCAGUUCCCCCCUAAUGUUCACUAUGGACUUUAUUAUCGGCCGGCCUCGGACACCCCCACAUCCACCCCGAGAUCAGACUCUCCCAACUCAUCCCGAGCAACGAAUCAGUCACCCAUGUCCAUUCAUUCAACCACAUCCACCCCUUCUACGAACUCUGAUAUUCCUGACAAGCCCCCACCUCCUUAUCCGGGGAGGUCUGUUCAGGUGGUUCAACCAAUUUUACAACCUGUGCCGCAAUACAACCAGACUGCUUCACCAUACCCCCACCUUCCCCCUCAACUCCAUCACCAAAUCACGGCCAUGUCCCCCCACGUUCCUCAGGGGUUCACACCGCUACAGGUGCCGCAUACAACGGCGCCCCCUGUGUAUCACAGUGAUAGCCCUCAGCCCCCCAUUCCUCCCCGUGUGCCUUUAGUCCAAGUGUCUGAGAACUUGGAGGCCUCCCCUCCCCCUGUUCCCACCUCCAAACCAAGCCUGGGGGCAGGACCACCUCCAAUACCACCCCCUCCCAACAAACAGACUCCGAAUAUAAACGGUAACCUCGGGAACGGUGCAAACAAGGAGGACGAAACUGACGAGACAUUAUCGACUGUGUCAGAUGCGAGUAGUACUCAAGAGAAAACUCGCUGCACCUCUCCUAUGCCGGAGAGGAAAAACGAGUUCAAGGACUGUGAUAGACUUCGCCCUGAGGGGCGAUUAAAAAACUACUCACCGCAAGCCUUCAAAUUCUACAUGGAGCAGCAUGUGGAGAAUGUUUUAAAGGCGUGCAAGGAGCGAGUGACGAGACGGUUUCAGUUAGAACGCGAGAUGAACAAAGUGGGUCUUUCAGAGGAUGCUCAGCAACAGAUGCGUAGGAUGUUAAAUCAAAAAGAGUCCAACUAUAUCAGAUUACGUCGUGCCAAAAUGAGAAGGGGUCUGUUCGAAAAGAUCAUAACUCUAGGGGUUGGGGCUUUUGGGGAAGUUUCGUUAGUGAGAAAAAAAGAUGUGGGUCAUUUGUAUGCCAUGAAAACAUUACGGAAAAGUGAUGUGUUAAAACGAAAUCAAGUAGCUCAUGUGAAAGCGGAGCGUGAUAUUUUAGCUGAGGCUGACAACGAGUGGGUUGUGAAGUUAUAUUAUUCCUUUCAGGAUCGUGAUAACCUUUAUUUUGUGAUGGAUUAUGUACCGGGUGGUGAUUUAAUGGGACUUUUAAUCAAAUUCGGAAUAUUUAAGGAGGAUUUAGCGCAGUGUUAUAUAGCGGAAUUAGUGCUAGCCAUAGAAAGUGUGCAUAAAAUGGGAUUUAUACAUCGAGACAUCAAACCAGACAACAUCCUGAUUGAUAAAGACGGCCACCUGAAGCUGACGGACUUUGGCCUGUGUACAGGAUUUCGAUGGACACACAACUCUAAGUAUUAUCAAAAAGAUGGACUUCAUCCUCGCCAGGACUCCAUGGAUGUUAGUUGUGCAAUGGAAAUAGAAUGCCGCUGUAAUGAAAUACUCAAACCACUGGAGCGACGUCGCCAGCGGGAACGACACAGGUGCCUCGCUCACUCACUGGUCGGGACGCCCAAUUACAUCGCACCGGAAGUGCUACUCCGAGAAGGUUACACCUCAUGCUGUGAUUGGUGGAGUGUAGGAGUCAUACUUUAUGAGAUGUUAGUUGGACAACCUCCCUUCUAUGCAAAUACUCCUGCUGAAACCCAAUGGAAGGUGAUUCACUGGGACGAGACCCUGAAGAUUCCACCAGAAGCUAACCUGUCAGAGGCUGCCCAGGACCUCAUCAUUAACCUGUGUUGUAGUGCCGAAAAACGCCUCGGACGAAACGGAGCCACCGAAAUCAAAAAACACCCCUACUUCAAAAACAUUAAUUUCGAAGGACUGCGUAAGUCACAGCCUCCAUGGAAACCUAAGAUAAAACAUGCCAUGGACACGUCGUACUUUGACCCAAUCGACGGAAAAUUUGAUGAUGAUUCUGAAGAAGAAAUGCAGAAGCCCGAUCACCCGAUCAAUGGCAAACAUCCUGAACACGCUUUCCUGGAGUUUACAUUCCGAAGGUUCUUCGAUGAUGGAGGACAUCCGUAUCCGUCAAUGAAGGAAGACCCCUGUCCCCCCGUCUGUGAUCCAAAUGAGACCCCCCCUAACAGUAAAGACUCCUCUAGCGCCCCUGUGUAUGUCUGAUAUUGAGGAAUGUCUAGUGUGUGAUUACGAGGAACAUCCAGUUCUUGUCUGAUAUCAGUGAUGUCAGAAAUAACUCUUCAUGUCGUAUAGGUACAUCCAUCAGAUACCUGGCAUUGCCGGUGUGACCAGAAAUUAGCUCUCUAUAGCUAUUCUCGUUCUGAGUCUUGUCAGGGAUAGCACCUGAAGAUUUGAGUGCUUUUGUUCUUUGAAACAAUCCCCAAUAUUUCAGUGCUUUACUUACUCUGAAUUAUUACUUGUUAUAGAAUGUUAUAUUUUACCAGAAAAAUGUUCAAAUUUUACUGAAGUUUUUAUAUUGUUAAUAAUAUUUAAAGAAGAAGAAUUUCUUUGAAUUUUUCUAUAAAAGCAUUCUAAAAUUUUGACAUAAAUGCCUUUCUUUAUAUUUUAUGCAAUGAGAACAAAGUUGAGUUUCGUAGACUUAAUUGUGAUGAAAGCAGUGAUACAGUGUAUAGCCGAGAUUUGUUUGUUUUGAGUAACAGGAAAGGACUGGGGUUAUUAAUACAGACUAGUUGCCUCUUUGAAUAAAAAAGGGUGCACUUAUAAAGUGAUGUCUUUCAUUUAGUACGUUAUUAACAAGAAGUUAAUUGUUAAUCAAGGUCUUUCAAAUGUUUUUUUUUUCUGUAUACUGUAUGUAGUAAUUCUAGUGAUGUACAAUGUAUAAACUAGAUCAUGAUUGGACAGGGUUAUGCUAUUAAUUGAAACAUACAGCAUGGUUGUACAAAAAUGUUUUUCUUAAUAAUAUAUAUAUAUUUCAUCUAAAUUUAUUAAUUGUUGAUCAGUACAGUAGUGAUAUUUUAUUUCAUUUUUCAUGGAAUAAUAUAAAAUGAUUGGGAUGAUUUGAGUGUUUGGAAUGAUUUGAACCAUGAAGCAAGUAUAAUAUUCAAAGGGGGGAGGACUGUCAUGUGAUAUGCAGUAAAGUCAUAUGAUCCUAUGGUCAAGGGAUGCAACUCCUUUAGUUUUGAAAAAUUACAAAAAGGGGUGGGAAUCUUACAUAUCAUUCUUGAAGACUGAAUUUUUUGUAUCGUUUUGGUUAGUGACUACUGCACAUAGCUUCUUGGUGCUUUUCUGUCAUCAAGUGAAGUUGCUUUUGUGUAUAUCUUUAUAAUUCUGAGUAUCUUAUAUUAAAUUUAUUUUGGAAAGAAUUUGGAAUUUUUUCAAGAAUCUUGAUUGAAUCUUUAUUGAAGUGCUGAAGCAUGAAUUUUCAUGUUAUUUUUAAAAUAUUAAUUGUUAAACAGCAAUCAAGAGAGAGAGAGAGAGAGAGAGAGAGAGCAUUUAAUCUGUUGUUUUUGAGACUUUAUUUUAAGACCCCUCCUCUUGGGGGAGAGGGGAGAGUUGUACUGACUUUGUUACUUCAGUUUUUUAAGGGGGGUUAAGUGAGCAUUAGUGGGCAUUAGAUGUGAGUGUACAGAUAAUGUUGACUGCUUUUGAACAACUCUGUACCCCCACCCCUAACUUCAUUAUCAUUGUAAAUACUCAUCCUACCACUGUUUCUGUAAAGUGUGAUAUAUAAUAUUUUACAAAAAAGCUUAGAGCUUUUGUUGAAUGAUAUGGUGCAUUAUCUGUAUAGAAGCGUUUUAUAUUUAUCUACAGAGCUGAAUGCAAAGCAUCCUGGGAAUGUACAGAUGUGGUCAAAUGUGUAUAUAUUGUACAGUGUAAAACUAAAAUGUCUGACCACGAUUAUUGUCUGAGGGUAUGUAUAGAACUAAACAAAAUUGUAAAGGGAAUAUGUAAAAUAUACUGGCAAUAUUCUCAAAUAAACUAUAAAAAAUUGA